UCAAACACACAUUGAUUUCUCUGGUAGACUGGUUAUCUAUGAUCUCCACUACAGUAUGGCGGGAAGGGCUAAAGAAGCAAUAAUACCUGAAGUUCGUAACCUAAUAAUCCAGUUAACAAAAUUUCAUGAAGGAGAAGAGAAUUUUGAUUUGUGUGAGAGAUUCCUGCUCUCCAACCUGUGGCACCAUCGCUUUCUCUCCGUGGAUAGCCACGCUGUUCGUCGCUCAGUUGAUGGUUUGGUUACAAAAUUUGAGGUGCACGGUCACCUUGAUAUAGCACGGAAACUCAGGGAGCUUGUCACCACAUUCUUAAGCCAUGAAGUAUUUUGUGAUCAUCCACAAUAUGACAUACAGUGGUCACUGCUGUCUCUACUUCUUCAUCUAGCAAACAGUCCAACAUCUGCUACUCAUCUCCUUCAAACAACUACAACAACUGCAGAAGUACAUGAUGAUGAAGAAGAACAAUUUGACUGGACUUCAUAUUUACGAGAAGGAGAUGAAAAAUUUGUUUGUGUUUAUGAUGAUUCUUCAAGCGAAGAAUUCAGCAGUGACUUAGAUGAACCGCAAGAUGAAGGAUCUGAAAUGUUAGCAGCAGAAAUCAUUAAUUCUGUUUCUUCUUUGAACUUAGAAGUUCAAAAUACUUCGAAGGAGUAUUUUAUUCGUAAUUUAAAGGAUAUUUAUUCGGCAGAGAAGUGGAUGGAAACUAGUAUUAUGCAACCAUAUUGGACUUCUGAAGGGAUAUAUCAUAAUACAUCAAGCAGAUUUCCAGCAGCAAAUUUGGCAAAGUUGUGGGAUGAACAUUUGAUUAAACAAGGGUAUGAUGAACCACAGACUACAAUCUUGAGUGAAUACAAAGUUUUGAGGGAGAUUCUCUGGAUGUUCUUUACACCAAGUACAAGUUAUUUAUUCACAGAAGAGGCUAAGAAGUUCACUGUAAAUCCAAAUAUUACCAUACCAAGUCUCACAAAGGGUACUUUUGCAUCCUACGUGAGUCGUCUGUGCCCUUAUUUCACAAUGCUGCGAGAACUUCAGAGUUUUAGUGAAGAUCUGAAUUGCAGCAGAGAAAUACCAAACUGUACAAAAUUUCCUCCCAAUACAUACAUAGCUUAUUGGACUGUAGUCAAGGAAUUUCUUGAUGAUUUUAAUUCACUCAUCAUUCAGAUUGAAACAAAAGUAAAGAAACGAGACAGAACCUACACACUACUGCAACUGACUAAUGAACUAGAACCAAAGUUGUAUGAGUUGAGGAGCGUGUACUGUGUUCACGCAAGAGCAGUGUAUGAUUGGAAAACAUCACCUAAUUGGCUGUCAGCCUCGUGUCUUCUUUCAGUGUUGUAUAGAGAACUGGUAGAUUCAUCAACUAGUAGGCAGGCUGCCAUCUUGCUGAAGCUGUUCUUAAAGAGUUUUGAAGUUUAUCUUGAUAUCAUUGAUGCAUGGCUGACUCACGGACAACUGCAGGAUUGUCGGGAGGAGUUUGUCAUAACAAGGGAUUCUGGUGAAUUCCACGAACCUCAAGACGAAGAAUUUGUAGUCCAUCCUUAUGAAACGAUGCUGGUUAGUGCAGGUAUUCAGCCACUGCCGGUCCUACAAGUGAUUGUCGGCAAACUGCUUCAUGCAGGCAAAAGUAUGGAUUUGUUGUUGAGGUUGGACAGGCUGUCUGUGUCACGAGGUUGUUUGUGUGAAGAAUUUAUUGAACAUGUUGAGAAGGACUUAUCCAAAUUUGCAUUAAGAGAAGACAGUCAUUUAGAUACGAAAGAAAAUGCUGAUAAGAAAAUUAUUUACGAUUCUAACCGGAAGAAUGAACGCAACGAUUUCUUUACCGAGGUAAAGGAACAUUUGGUACAAGCUGGAGAUCCUUUCCUUGUGAAAGCUUUUGAAAAUUAUCUGCCCUUCAAGCAAAAGAACCAGAAUGAUGAACAGGGAGAUAAAGGUGAAAUUAUAAGUGUUUCAAAGAAGAAAGAACAGCUAUAUACAAGACUGAUUCAACAUCUUGAACAUGAGAUCUUGCCUGUUAAACAUGUGAUAGAAACUAACCUCUUGGGGCUUGUAGAAGAGAAGUGGAAAGCAGCGUGCUCUUUGAUUAAGCCAAUCUUUCAACGCGAAUUUGAUCUUUCAAUACAUUUCCGGAUCAUUAGGGGAAUUUUUCUGAUGGAGGCAGGUGACCUCAUGCAUCAAUUUUACACUUCACUCUUUGAACAGUUACAUAUGUGUGAGGCCACUUCAUUCUCACUGACUAAUCUGUUGGAGAGCUGUGUGGAUCAGCGGUACCCAGAGUUUAGCUCACGUUUCUUCAUAUCUGUGGAUAACAACAUACGUUAUGCAACAUCUGUCCAAGACGCAAUAAAUAGCAUUAAACUUAGGUAUACUGUACAGUGGCCUGUGUCUUUGAUACUGAGUGAACAUAACAUGGAAUACUAUAAUACUGUCUUUCAGUUCCUUCUGAAGAUAAAGUGGGCCAUCUGUUCCUUACAGAAACUCAGAUUCUCAGAUUUGGAGCAGAGGGAGAAUAAGUCCAAGCCAUUGAACAGAAGGGCAAGGCACCGAAUGCACAGACUGCAGUGUCUGCGAUUUUGGCUGCUUUAUUCAGUGAACAGUGUACACAGUUACCUCAUGGGACAAGUGUUACAUUUGCUGAGCUUGGAGCUGGAGCACAAAAUUGAACAGGCACAGGAUCUUGAUGCUCUGAUGAAAGCUCACAGUGCGUACGUUCAGACAGUCUAUACACAUUGCUUACAGUCGGAUGACUGUGACGUUAUAAAAAAUUCUGUUCUUCAGAUGAUUUGGGUCGCAUUGAGAUUGUGUGAAGUUUGGGAGGCUGGAGUAGUAUUUGUUCCUGAAGGAAGGCUUAAAGAGCUGGAGGAAUUGUACUCCAAAUGUUACAUAUUUCUGGCUGUUGUCCUUAGCAACUGGGUUGAAAAUGACACCACAUCACACUUGUCAGGUCUGUGUGCGGCCUUUGACAUGGCACGACUUCCACAGCAUUACCCUGCCGCCAUCACUAUUAACUAAAGUUGUAAACAAUACUCCUGUUGUAUUUUUAUUGUUCUUAUAUCACUAAUGUAUAUUAAUUUAUUGAAGUAGUGAAAUAAUUAUAUCGUCAUAGUACAAUAGAA